AUGGCUCGUCGCAUCUUUGUUAUAGGAGCUACUGGAGCUCAAGGUCUCCCCGUCUGUCGCGGCCUCACCAAAGAUGGAGCGUACAGCUUAAGAGUACUCACUCGCGACGUCAACUCACAGCGCGCCAAGCAAUUGGCAGAGUUGGGCGACGUCGAGUUCAUCGAAGGUUCAUUCGCGAAUGAGGACAACCUCCGAAAAGGCUACGAAGGUUGCUGGGGCACCUUCGUCAACAUUGACGGCUUCAACACUGGUGAAAAGACAGAGACUUACUGGACCAUCCGCGCAUACGAGCUGGCAAUUGAGUCUGGCAUAAAGUUCUUUGUCUUUGGAAACUUGGACUAUGGGUAUAAGAAGAGUGGCUAUGAUCCCAAGUUCCGCUGCGGCCAUUAUGACGGAAAAGGUCGAAUGGCUGAGUGGAUGCUAAGCCAGAGAAAGGCUCAUAGCAUGGGCACUGCCAUCUUCACUACUGGUCCGUAUAUCGAGAUGGCAAUUUCAGCACAGACAGUUAUGACUCCACGUAUUGUUGAGGGUGUCGUCACCUGGGCUGUUCCUCUCGCUGACGGAGCAAUCCCCCACGUCGCUCUCGACGACUGCGACCACUAUGUUCGCUGGCUUUUCGAUAACCCCGAGAGAUCUGACGGGCUGGAUCUCGAGGUGGCAAUCGAUCAUAUCACGUACCAUGACCUAGCGCAGGCGUUCCAAAAGGUUACUGGCAAGCCAGCACAAUUCAUCGACAUUACCUUGGCGACUUACUUCGAGCACAUGCCUCUGAAGGGCACAGUACCAGCUGGAUAUAACGCUGAUCCCAACGAUCCUGCGACUAUGACAUUUAAGCAGAAUUUCACUGGUUUCUGGAAUAUGUGGAGAAACUCUGGCGGGAAUAAGGGAGUCGUUCAAAGGGAUUACAAGCUUUUGGAUGAGAUCCAUCCCAACAGGAUCAAGAGUGCGGAAGAGUUCUUCCGCAGAGAGGAGGAGAAGCGCAAGUCGCAGGGACUUCCGAGCAUUUUUGAGACAAUUGAAAGUGGCAACCUGGGUAUGAUCCUCAAGUUGAGCGAGGAUGGCAGGAAGGGAAAACUCGAGAUUAUCCACGCAACCAAGAAUCUGCAUCAUGUUCUUGACUGCUUUUCGGCAUCUCGCUUCGACGAGCUUCUCUGGAUCGAUGCUCUGCGUAUUGACCAGCAAAAUCCACAGGAGCGCGCAUCUCAAGUUGCCAUGAUGGGAAGACAUUUACUCACAUGCACGAUACGUCCUUGCUUUCUUAUCACCGGAAGCGGAGCCCUUCAGCUUGGGGCUAAAUUAUAUAGAGGCGACUUCUCGAGACACGACGAUACACUUCGAUCCUUCCAUCUCACCUCAUCUCACAGUCCAAGUCUCAACGCUAGUCAUGUACAAUGCGGCGACAGGCUUAUCGAUGCAGCUAUUGUCCGCAAAGCUUGCAGUUCUUGGAUAGAUCAUGAGAACUCGUGCUGUUGGGCUGCUCGUCGACCUAUCGACGGUAGUGCGCAUGGCCUUCUCGACAUUCCUAGUGAGAUGAACGGCGGCCUAACAAUCCACACUGCGACCCUUCAAAUGAAGCACCUCAUGGAUAUGCUUGUUCCUGGGAAGCUAUACACCGAAGACUUCCUAGCGGCAAUAUACCUUUUCCAAGUUGCCGAGAUUCAAGCAAGCGCACCUGGCGACCCUUCUAUCAUCCCUGGCUCAGCACUCGGAGGCAUAACAGUCAUCAACGAGUGGCAGCGUGCGUUUGAUAAUGCCGUCAGUGGAGGCUUUAGUUCUAUGAAGUGGCUACAAGGUAGUCUCGAGUACACAAAGGCAUAUCAGGCUUGGCUCGAAUGGUUUGUAUCUUCAGAGGUUGCCUUGGCCAAGUCAUGUAGACAAAUUAUCCAAGAUUUCGAUGAAUUGAUUCGGCAGGCGAGUGAACGUCGGAGAUUUAUUGUGACGAGUGACGGGCAGAAAUUGCACAAAGUGACUAGGACAUACGCAAAGAAAUUUCUCAAGUCUCCCUGA